AUGCACGAGAAAAUAGCCGACGAGUCUCAAAGGGAGGCCACUUUCGACAAGAAAGUGGACGAACUCUUGAAGGAAGCAAACGACCUCUCGACCCUCUGUGGGGUCGAGAUGGGAAUUUUUGUCCACAAGGAAGGGGAGGACAAUGCCGUGAUGUGGCCUUUCACCAGAGAUUUUCACCGGGAGUCUCCAAAAGUUCUUGAACUUUCCGGAACCGCAAAGGGCGGAGGAGAUGACCACGCACGUUUGGCGUCGUUUGCUUCCGAGAUGCUUAGAAAGAUCGGGAAUCGGGAGAAACAGUUGGAAGGCGAAGGGUCGGGUAGUUCGAGCGGUUGA